AAAUCCGACCAUCCGACGGAAGAGACCCUAGUCAAUAUGCAAACACACAUACACAUAUGUCGGCAAUUAUUAGAAAAAGAAAAGAUGAAUGGUUUGAUUGAGAUGAUCAUAGAGACACGUACGCAUAUGCACACGUUAGGAGCUAACACCCAGCGGCGCAUUCUAGCAGGAAGCCUUGUAUUAUUGUAUGUAGAUGGUUGGUUCACCACAGCUCCUCUGUUUCUCAGUCAAAUGCUGAUCGUCGGAUUUGCGGUGCAAUAGCUGCUGUAUUUGGAGCUGAUUCUUUGCCAUUCCUCAAUCGAGUUCGAAUAACUUCGAGAAAUGCUCAAUUGCCGCCAAUCGUUUCCAAUCUCUCGAAACGGAGGAAGCUUCGCGGCGGAAACCACUGGCCGGAGUGCAGCGGCUUUGAUUAGGAACCUCUGCCUCGCUUCCUUCGUGGUUGCAAUUUUGAUUUGCACUUUAAUCGGAGCGAAAUACCAGCCAGAGGAUCCAUGGUUUCAGCCUCCGACAGUGAUCGGAAAGUUGUUCAGAUCCAACUCCUCCGCCGGCGGUGGAGCUACAUUCGCAGCGUUAGCCGUCAACAUAUCCGAUUCUGAGUCCGAUUCCGAUCCAACGGCGGCUGAUUCAGGUAACUGUAAAACCGACGAUCCUAUCGCCUGCGAUAAUUUUGAUGUGUUCCUUUUGUUGAUGCGAUCUGCAAUGGCGGCGUUUACCGAUAUCCAUUUCCACCGGUUCGGAAAACCUGUCCAAGGAGAAAACCCUAGCUCCUGUCACAUGGCAUGGCAGUUUAGGCCAAAGGCCGAACAAAAUGCGAAUGGAAAUGCAACUGCUCUGGAUAAGGAUUACAGAGCCUUCACAGUUCUAAGAUCGGAGAAUUGCUCGAUUACCGUCGCGGCAAUCGGGGAUUAUCGAUCCGGCGGCAAUGCUAGGAGUAGGAAGAAGGCGGUAGGCGAUAGGCACAUCGAAAAUUCGAUGAUCACGAGCGAGGCAUUGAUUUCGGAAGUCGAAUCAGAGGAAUCGUUUAGCCGUGGAAAGUAUUUGAUAUAUUCGGGAGGUGGUGAUCGAUGCAAGGAUAUGAGCCAAUAUCUAUGGAGUUUCAUGUGUAUGUUAGGUGAGGCACUGUAUUUGAACCGAACAUUGGUUAUGGAUUUAAGAGUAUGUUUGUCGAAGGCGCAUUCGCCGUCCGGCGAGGAUGAGGACGGGAAGGAUUGGCGAUUCUAUUUUGAUUUCGAGCGAUUGAUGGAUUCGGCACAAGUGAUGGAGGAGAGUCAGUUUUGGAGGGAAUGGCGACGAAACGAUGGGUUGAGUCUUCGUUUUGUAGAAGAUUUUGCAGUCGCGCCAUCGAAGUUAGCUGAAGUUGAGGAUGCUUUGAUAAUGAGGAAGUUCGGUUCGGAUAAUUAUUGGUACCAAGUUUGCGAAGGCGACGGAGGAUCUGUUGUCGCCCGGCCAUGGAGGAAGCUAUGGAAAUCGCGGCAAUUGUUGGAUAUUUCGUAUGCGAUUAUAGCGAGGAUGAAAUGGGAUUACGUUUCUGUUAACGUCGAGCGAGGGAUGAAGGCGAGGAACAAGGAGCUAUGGCCUAAUCUUGAUCGGGACACUUCGCCCGACUCGCUACUGUCGAAACUGAAAGACAGAGUCGGAGAAGGGGCGAAUGUGUACAUCACAACAAACGAGCCCAACGUGUCGUUCUUCGACCCAUUGAAAGAAAAAUACUCCGUGCAUUUCGUCGAUGAAUAUAAUGAUCUUUGGAAUGCCGAGAGCGAUUGGUUCGAUGAGAUGAGGAAACUCAACCAAGGAGACGCUGUCGAGUUCGACAGCUACAUGAAGGCGUCGGUGGACAUGGAAGUGUUCUUGAGGAGCAAAAUGUCGAUUCAAACUUUCAACGAUCUCACCGGGGAUUGCAAAGAUGGCGUCAAUACUUGCACAUCUCCGACAUGAAAUACGUCUCGGUGAGUAUUGCUCUCCUCGAAAAAUUUGUUUUCGGUGAUUAUAUAUCGAUAAUUCAAAUUUUUGUUGUUAGAUUAAGAACCUCUUGUGAAAUAUCCAUGCUUAGGUUAGUAUAUAGUUAAGUUGAAUUAAGAUAUUCGAUUCGAUUUGAUUCGAUCUAUUGAUGUUCUGUAUAGAAAUGGUCAUUUUUAAACAAAGCCUUAGUGUUUCGGUUUGAACUUACGUGAAAUGGUCGAUUUUACUGGACCGAGCUAGGAUAGAGCAUGUAAAUAGGUCAUCGUAGCUCGAUCGAUAAGAGAAGUAUCUAGAAUAGCCGAGAUUAACGUUUUAGGACGCGUAGAAUUUCGUAAACCUU